UGCAAUUUCUCCUGAGACUUCGAGAUUAGGGAAUUAACCAGCCGAGAGAAUAUUUCCAAACUUCUCUAGCUAGGGUGACUGAAUGACCAAUUCAAAGCAAUAGUGGAAACUUAACUCCGCCAUAAAGAAAAUUUUGGCAAAUCUCUCUUGGCACGGAUACCUAUGUCUCACCACAAAGAUAGAAAACUAAGGUGGCUUCAAUGAGUACCAUAAGCAAAGAUUCUUCUUCUUCCAAGAAUAUGACCAGUGAGUGUGACUCCUCCGAGGAGAGUGGUUGGACUAAGUACUUUGAGGAUUUCUUUGACAACCAUAAUAUUGAUGAUGAUGAUGAUCAGAAAUGUUCUAUGUCGUCUUUCUCUGGUGUUGAUAGCUACUACUCCACCUCCUUUGUCUCUGAUUCUGCUACGAAAAAAUUAACUGACAACACACAAGCUGCGGAAUAUGAUCACCAAUCGAGUUUGAAGAAGAGAAAGAAGAUCAAAACAGCUUUGGUUGAUGAUGCUUUGGAAGAUACUGCAAGUUCUCCUAUCAAAGGCUCCAAGGAAAAAAGAAAUACCUUAGGAGAAAGAGAUGAAAGGAAAGAAAUGGGUUUUAAUGAGGGGGAUAACGACCACACAAAACUGAAGAACAAAGGCCUUUGCUUAGUUCCUUUGUCGAUGAUAGUGAAAUAUAUCUAGGUUGAUUAGUUCCAUGAUAAAGCACCCCAUAUAUGCAUGUGGGAAAUAUCCAUGGACACCCCAUGUUGGUAGACAGAGAAAAAAGAAAGAAAAAAGGAAGAAAAUAUGUAAUAGGUAAUGUAGUGCAGUAAGAAAAAAGAAAUUGAGAAAAAUGAUAAAUGUUUGAGGUGUUAAAGGAAUAUUACUCGUUCAUUUCUCUGAAGUGCACAUAAUAGAUAAUCUUCUUUGUUUUUUAAGGCAGUAGAUAAUCAUGGUAGACAGCUAGAGCAUGUUGUAUAUAAUGAAUCAAUCAUUAUUUUCAAAUUUCACU